UAAAGUCUCUUGAUUCUUCGAUAGUUCGGUUUCUGAAUGCUUUUCUACCAUCUAUUCGCAUCUAUUACUGGUUUCUUUCGAGUCUCAGGUUCUCACCGGUGGUGACCAUGGUUUUCGUGACUUGCCUCGACAACAAAACACUAAUAUUAAACGUAAAUCCAAAUUCCACCACGCUUGGGGCCUUAAAGCUCGUGAUUGAAGAGAAGUGUGGCAUUCCCGCUAAUCUACAGCGCCUCUUCUUGUCGCCGCGACGAUUGAUUGGCGAUGAGUCAACGAACGUUUCUGAUCUCGGUGUUGGAUCCUGUUCAACCCUAGCCCUCCUCUCUCCUCUUCUGGGAGGUAUGCAAGCUCCUGUCCCCCCGAAACCCAGACUGGAAUUCCUCAACUCCAAGCCUCCUCCCAACUAUGUGGCGGGUCUUGGUCGUGGUGCCACAGGUUUCACCACCCGUUCCGAUAUUGGUCCUGCCAGAGCUGCCCCUGACCUCCCCGAUCGUUCCGCCACUACAAUUGGCGGCGCUGCUGGUGCUGCUGGCGCUGGGAGGGGAAGGGGCAAAGGUACUGGGGGCGAGGAGGAGGAAGAGGACGAAGCGGACGAGAAAGGGUAUGAUGAGAACCAAAAGUUUGAUGAGUUUGAGGGGAACGAUGUUGGGCUUUUUGCUUCUGCGGAGUAUGACGAGGAUGAUAGGGAGGCAGAUGCUGUUUGGGAAAGCAUCGAUAAAAGGAUGGACUCUAGAAGGAAGGACCGGAGAGAAGCUAGGUUGAAGCAGGAGAUCGAGAAGUAUCGGGCUUCUAAUCCUAAGAUCACGGAGCAGUUCGCGGAUUUGAAGAGGAAGUUGUAUUCUUUGUCUGUAGAUGAGUGGGAUAGCAUUCCUGAGAUUGGUGAUUACUCGUUGAGGAAUAAGAAGAAGCGGUUCGAGAGUUUCGUGCCAGUGCCUGAUACGCUGCUUGAGAAGGCUAGGCAGGAAAAGGAGCACGUAACAGCGUUGGAUCCUAAGAGCAGGAUUGCAGGUGGUUCCGAGACUCCAUGGUCUCAGACUCCUGUUACUGAUUUAACAGCCGUGGGAGAAGGGAGAGGGACUGUGUUGUCGUUGAAGUUGGAUAGGCUAUCUGACUCUGUCUCAGGGUUAACGGUUGUUGAUCCGAAGGGUUAUCUCACUGACCUCAAGAGUAUGAAGAUCACAAGUGAUGCUGAGAUUUCGGACAUAAAAAAGGCUAGGUUGCUGCUCAAGUCUGUAACGCAGACGAACCCGAAACACCCUCCAGGAUGGAUUGCAGCCGCAAGACUAGAGGAAGUUGCAGGGAAGCUUCAAGUAGCUAGACAAUUGAUACAGAGAGGUUGUGAGGAGUGCCCCAAGAAUGAAGAUGUAUGGUUGGAAGCAUGUAGGCUGGCUGGUGGAGAGAAUAAUAAGAAUAUGGAAGAAGCUAAGGCUGUGAUUGCUAAGGGUGCGAAGGCUAUCCCAAACUCAGUGAAGUUGUGGAUGCAGGCUGCGAAGCUGGAGGAUAAUGAUAUAAGCAAGAGCAGGGUCUUGAGGAAGGGGCUCGAGCAUAACCCUGAUUCUGUUAGGCUCUGGAAAGCCGUUGUAGAGUUGGCCAAUGAGGAGGAUGCUAGGCUUUUGCUUCAGAGAGCUGUGGAGUGUUGUCCUUUGCAUGUUGAGCUGUGGCUUGCUCUUGCAAGGUUGGAAACUUAUGAUAAUGCAAAAAAGGUUCUUAAUAGGGCAAGAGAGAAGCUCUCAAAGGAGCCAGCUAUCUGGAUUACAGCUGCCAAGCUUGAAGAGGCUAAUGGUAAUACUGCUAUGGUUGGGAAGAUAAUAGAGAGAGGUAUCAGGGCCUUGCAAAGGGAAGGAUUGGUGAUCGAUAGAGAAGCCUGGAUGAAAGAGGCUGAAGCUGCAGAGCGAGCUGGAUCUGUGGCAACUUGCCAGGCUAUAAUUCGUAACACCAUUGGCAUUGGUGUUGAGGAAGAAGAUCGAAAGAGGACAUGGGUUGCUGAUGCCGAGGAGUGCAAGAAGAGGGGUUCCAUUGAGACUGCUCGAGCUAUCUAUGCUCAUGCUCUUACCGUGUUCCUAACCAAGAAGAGUAUAUGGCUCAAAGCAGCACAGCUUGAGAAGAGUCAUGGGACCAGGGAAUCUCUUGAUGCUCUACUCCGGAAGGCAGUGACGUAUAGACCACAGGCCGAGGUCCUAUGGUUGAUGGGUGCCAAAGAGAAGUGGCUUGCGGGAGAUGUUCCUGCUGCUCGAGCUAUUCUCCAGGAAGCCUAUGCUGCCAUUCCCAACUCUGAGGAAAUCUGGCUUGCGGCUUUCAAGCUGGAGUUUGAGAACCAUGAACCUGAGCGAGCAAGAAUGCUUCUUGCUAAAGCUCGAGAAAGAGGAGGCACAGAGAGGGUGUGGAUGAAAUCAGCCAUUGUUGAGAGAGAAUUGGGGAACACCACAGAGGAGAGGAGCUUGCUUGAAGAGGGGUUGAGACGUUUCCCUUCGUUCUUCAAAUUGUGGCUUAUGCUUGGACAGCUGGAGGACCGUCUUGGUUGCUUGGAGCAAGCCAAGGAAGCUUAUGAGUCAGGUCUAAAGCAUUGCCCCAGUCACAUUCCUCUUUGGCUUUCCCUUGCUAAUCUCGAGGAGAAGAUGAAUGGACUGAGCAAAGCACGAGCAAUUCUUACUAUGGCCAGGAAGAAGAAUCCUCAAAAUCCUGAACUUUGGCUUGCAGCAGUUCGAGCUGAAUUAAGGCAUGGACAUAAGAAGGAAGCUGAUAUUCUGAUGGCAAAGGGUUUGCAAGAAUGCCCCACCAGUGGUAUCCUAUGGGCAGCAUCAAUUGAGAUGGCCCCACGUCCCCAACGCAAAACGAAAAGUGCUGAUGCACUCAAGCGGUGUGACCAUGAUCCCCAUGUCAUUGCUGCUGUGGCAAAAUUGUUUUGGCAUGACAGGAAGGUGGAGAAAGCAAGAAACUGGCUGAAUAGGGCAGUAACACUUGCACCGGAUAUUGGGGAUUUCUGGGCUUUGUACUACAAGUUUGAGCUUCAACAUGGAAAUGAAGAGCACCAAAAAGAUGUCUUAAAGAGAUGUAUUGCGGCAGAACCAAAGCAUGGUGAGCGAUGGCAGGCAAUUUCCAAGGCUGUGGAGAAUUCUCACCAGCCAGUAGAAGCUAUCCUAAAGAAAGUUGUGGUCGCCCUAGGAAAGGAGGAGAAUUCUGCUGAGAGUACCAAACUCUAGAAUUUCAUAAGUAUCCGGAUUUGGACUUUUCUAUUACCUGGCUAUUCAGUUGUUUCUUGGAACUGUAAUAGUGACUUGGUGAAAGAAGUCUGGCUCGCAUUAUUGCUAGAAUAUCUUCUCUAUGAUAUCUUUUGAUAAUCUCAAUUUUCUUAUGAAGUAUGUUAGUUCUCUUCAAAUCAGUUGACUUCUGCAGCUCUAAUGAAAAUACCGUCCUGGUAUGGUGAUUAAUUUUUGUCAUUAAUGGAUUGGAUGUCACUUUCUGAUCUUCAA